AAAUUACUUAAAAUAUGUUAUAAUCCGUCUAAAUGUUGCUCUGAGGAGGCAGAGCGGAAAAUGCCGUUGGGAAAGUAUUACUGUGAUUACUGCGGCAAGGAAUUCCAAGACACUCCGGUUGCCCGGAAACGGCAUCUCCAGAGUUCUUCUCACCACCGAGCCAAAUCCCUCUGGUACAACUCCUUCAAAUCCACAGACCCCAACCAGGCUUACAUCGACGGCGGCGCCGGCUUUGCUAAAGGAGUCUGCAAUCGGUUCGUCAAAUCGGGAUUUUGUCCUUACGGGGAUUCUUGUAAGUACUUGCAUCCCACCAGCAGCAACAACCUUCAAACUAAUGGUAGUCUUUCUCAAGCUACAGGCCUCAUGAAUAAUGUUCAGUCACCAGUUAUUCUAGGAAAUCAAUUAGUUGGAGGAAUCUCUUUGCCUGGCGAUAUGUUAAGAGAUAGCAUGGGAAUGCCAUGGGGUAAUCUGCCUCCAUCACUACAGCCUCCUCCAGAGGGUGGAUAUCCGCCUUUUCCAUUUGUGGAUUGGGGUUAGGUCUGUUACCCCAUGUUUUGUUAUGCCUGCACUAUAAAUAUGCUUAUAUAUAGUUGUUGCCUGUAUAGUCAAUACAUUGUCUCAAGAUCUCAAUCGUCAACUCGUCAUGGAUACAUGCUGUUUGCUUGUUUGUCACAAUCACUAUAAAGAAUAGAUCAUUUUGUGUACCCUCAAUUGUCUCUUGUAUUUGUUGUCAGAUUGUAGCAAGACUGUAGAUUUCCUGUUUUUCUCA